AUGGUAGCUAUGAGCGGUACCUCCGUAGUCCAGCACAUCGAUGCCGUCGACGCCUUUGCCAGGACCCUUUACGUGCGCACCACCCAGUCCACUGUCCCGUCUCUCUCUGCCGACGCCUCGCAAGCCGUUCACAACCUCCACAAUGCUCUGCGCGACCUCCGUGUCGAGGCUGCCGAUCCGGACUCGCGCCUCAACUCCUCGGACUCUUCCACUUAUUCCAAGCAGCUAAACUCCAUCGUCAAAGACUCCCAGACGACGCUCAAGCAGCUCGAGCUCGUCCUGGAUUUGAACAGCAGGGGCGGAGGGCCCUACGCUGAUGGCGCUGCCGAGGGCAUCAACGCCGUGCAGGCCAAGCUGGUCCACCAAAAGACCGUCAUCGACGCCUUUUUGGAUCUGCUGCAGUCGAGGGACGCUUCGCCAACUCGCCGCCGCCGUGGACCUGGUUUAGAGGCCAUCAAGGACAAGGUGGAUGCUAUUGGCCGUAGGCUCUUCCGUCGCGACAGCAACAAGACCAGUAGCGGAGAUGACAAGAUGUGGAAGAAGUUCAAGGCCGAGCUUGUCAGGGAGGGCUUCUCAUCCAAGGUGCUGGAUGAGCAUGAGGAUGUCUUGCGCGCCUACAUCCAAGAGAUUGAAUCCGUGCCCUCCAUGAAGGACGGCAUUCCGCCUACCGUCCGAGGGCUCCUUGAGCUUGAUGGAGACUCCGUUCCCAACCCCAUAUAUGCUCGCCACAUGACCUUUCCGCCCAUCGCCUACGACAAGACGGCUAGCAUGGACACUGAGCGACUCAUGCCGGAUCAACGACCUCUUCCAUCUCUGGCCCAAGAGCUGUCGUACGACCCCCGUGCCUGUGCUCCGAGUGAGAAUGACGGCAACAUUGGGAAAUCCUUUGACUUCAUCUCCACGCGAGAUCUGCUACUGAUGGAUUCGCUCAGCUCGGACAUGGCUGGCCUCCAUCUAAGCAGCUCUCCCACGCAGGUGGAUGCUCCAUCAUUCCAGCCCAUCAUGUCUGGGGCUCUGCCACUACCCGAGAUAAGGCUACCGACGUCUACAGCCCCUCAGGCAAUUCCCCAAGCAAGGCAACUCAGUGUAGAUGGAAUAGCGCCUCACUUGUACGGAUCCAGUGCUCCGCCGGCCUAUGGAGGGGCGUCGCUGCCUCGGUUGGCUCCGGAUAGCUAUGGGCGGGAUAUUCCAAUGCAUGCAGAGUGGACCAAGAUCAAGCGCUCUGUCGUCAGCCCUGAGGCUCUUCAUCGUGCCGGCGUGCGGUACGAAGCUCGCCCGGGCUACGUCGCCAUCCUUGGCCACCUAUCGCUCGACCAAGUUACCCAUUACGCCCGUUUGAGCGCCGAGUGCCGUGCCGCUCGGCGAAGUGUACCUCCAGUCAGCAAGCAACAUUCUCAUCACGUCAAUAGGCCCGAACGAACGGGAUCCGAGAGUAGUCGAGAUGGAAGCGCUGAAGACGACAAAGAUUCGGAGCGCCGGAGCGACGUGUCUGACGCCGACGACGAUAAAGCGUUGGACGAAAAGGAUGUCAAGAACCAUCCCAUCAUUGUGAAUCCGCCGGAAAGGGGCAAGAGGUCGUCUGCACCCAACCCCGUGAUGCCGAAGCCCAUCCUAAAGAACAAAAACACCAACCAUGUGCGCUUCGGCCCUGACCCCUACGAGGUGGAAGCCCGACCAGAUAAGGACAGUCGCGAGGGUAAGGAGGGCCGUGAGAGUCGAGAUUCCAAUUCUUCCAAGAAGUCUCGCGACCGCGACGAAAGAGACAGAGAUGAUCAUUCUAGACGCCGCGAAGACAGGGACAGAAGGAGGCGUGACAGUGAUCCGUCAUAUGACGACAAAUAUCGCCGAGACCACCGUGACCGAGAUCGAGAUCGAGACGACGGUUAUCGGUCGCAUCACAACGACCGCGAUCGCCGCGACGAUCGGAGACGGGAGAGACCUGCUAGGCGGCAGCCAUGGGGCGAGGCGCUCGGAAUGGUUGGCAUUGGUGGUGCCGCUGCCAGCUUGCUGGGAGUUUUGGCCGAGGCCGCCAUUGGAGGUUGA